ACGUGAAGACGCACAGGAAUGACGCACGUAUUAUAAAGGCCUGUUUUCUGACGUCAGCGGCCUCUUCCCUGCCUAUGCCCUCGUGAGGUGGGCAGCGUAAAAUUUCCUGUCUGAUUUCGCCACCAAGCGAAUCCAAUACCAUCCGCCAAAAUGGUGAACUUCACAGUCGACCAGAUCCGUGCCAUCAUGGACAAGAAGGCCAACAUCCGUAACAUGUCUGUGAUUGCGCACGUCGACCACGGAAAGUCAACUCUGACGGACUCGCUUGUGUCGAAGGCUGGCAUCAUUGCCUCAGCUCGUGCUGGAGAGACCCGUUUCACAGACACACGGAAAGAUGAACAGGAACGUUGUAUCACCAUCAAGUCAACCGCCAUCUCCCUGUUCUACGAGCUCAGCGAUAAUGACUUGGCCUUCAUUAAGCAGGCCAAGGACGGGAAUGGCUUCUUGAUCAACCUGAUUGACUCACCCGGGCACGUUGACUUCUCCUCUGAGGUGACUGCUGCCCUCCGUGUCACUGAUGGAGCCCUGGUUGUGGUGGACUGUGUGUCUGGUGUCUGCGUGCAAACUGAGACAGUGCUCCGUCAGGCCAUUGCUGAGCGCAUCAAGCCAGUCCUGAUGAUGAACAAGAUGGACCGUGCCUUACUGGAGUUGCAGCUUGAAGCUGAAGACCUUUACCAAACUUUCCAGCGUAUUGUUGAGUCGGUCAAUGUCAUCAUCUCCACCUAUGGAGAGGAUGAGGAAGGACCUAUGGGAAACCUCCAGAUUGAUCCAACCAUUGGUACUGUUGGCUUUGGCUCUGGACUCCAUGGCUGGGCUUUCACCCUGAAGCAGUUUGCUGAGAUGUAUGCAGCCAAGUUUGCUGCCAAGGGCAACACCCAGAUGUCAGCAGCUGAGCACUGCAAGAAGGUGGAAGACAUGAUGAAGAAGCUGUGGGGUGAUAGGUACUUCGACCAAGCCAAUGGAAAGUUCCUGAAGACUGCCCAAGGACCUGAUGGCGCCAAGUACCCCCGUACAUUUGUUGCCCUCAUCCUGGACCCAAUCUUCAAGGUGUUUGAUGCCAUCAUGAACUUCAAAAAAGAAGAAACUGCCAAACUGAUCACAAAGCUGGAAGUCAAGUUGGACACAGAGGACAAAGAAAAGGAGGGCAAGCCUCUCCUGAAGGCUGUUAUGCGCCGCUGGCUGCCUGCAGGAGAAGCUCUUCUGCAGAUGAUCACCAUCCACCUGCCCUCUCCUGUCACUGCCCAAAAGUACCGUUGUGACCUGCUUUAUGAGGGACCCCCAGAUGAUGAGGCUGCCAUGGGUAUCAAGAACUGUGACUCCAAGGCUCCCUUGAUGGUGUACAUCUCAAAGAUGGUCCCCACCAAUGACAAGGGUCGCUUCUAUGCAUUUGGCCGUGUGUUCUCUGGGUCUGUCUCCACUGGUCUGAAAGUACGCAUUAUGGGUCCAAACUAUGUCCCUGGAAAGAAGGACGACCUCUACUUGAAGCCCAUUCAGAGGACCAUUUUGAUGAUGGGCCGUUACGUUGAGCCCAUUGAAGAUGUGCCAUGUGGUAACAUCGUAGGUCUGGUUGGAGUGGACCAGUACCUCGUCAAGACGGGAACAAUCACCACCUUUGAGCAAGCACACAACAUGAGAGUGAUGAAGUUCAGUGUCAGCCCUGUGGUGAGGGUUGCUGUGGAGGCUAAAAACCCUGCUGACCUGCCCAAGCUGGUAGAGGGUCUGAAGCGUCUGUCAAAGUCUGAUCCUAUGGUGCAGUGCAUCAUUGAAGAAUCUGGAGAACAUAUCGUUGCUGGUGCUGGAGAGCUCCAUCUGGAGAUUUGCUUGAAGGAUCUGGAGGAGGAUCAUGCUUGCAUUCCACUCAAGAAAUCUGAUCCAGUGGUGUCCUACAGAGAGACCGUUUCUGCAGAAUCAUCUGUUAUGUGCCUGUCAAAGUCACCCAACAAGCACAACCGUCUCUUCAUGAAGGCCCGUCCCCUUGAAGAUGGCCUGUCUGAGGACAUCGAGAAGGGUGAGGUUAGCGCUCGUCAGGAGCUCAAGGCCCGUGCCCGCUACCUUGCUGACAAGUAUGAUUGGGAUGUCGGUGAGGCCAGAAAGAUCUGGUGCUUCGGACCUGAUGGAACUGGCCCAAACAUGUUGGUGGAUGUCACCAAGGGAGUGCAGUACCUCAAUGAGAUCAAGGAUAGUGUUGUGGCUGGCUUCCAGUGGGCAGUCAAGGAGGGUGUCCUCUGCGAAGAGAACAUGAGGGCCAUUCGCUUCGACGUCCAUGAUGUGACCCUGCAUACAGAUGCCAUUCACCGUGGUGGUGGUCAGAUUAUUCCCACAGCUCGCAGAGUUCUGUACGCAUGUGAGCUCACAGCUGAGCCCAGAAUGAUGGAGCCCGUCUACCUGGUGGAGGUCCAGUGUCCUGCAUCAGCAGUCGGUGGAAUCUAUGGUGUGUUGAACAGAAGGCGUGGUCAUGUGAUUGAGGAGAUCAGUGUCAUGGGAACACCAAUGCGCCUUACCAAGGCCUACCUGCCUGUCAUGGAGUCAUUUGGUUUCACGGCUGACCUUCGUUCCAACACUGGUGGCCAGGCCUUCCCACAGUGCGUGUUCGACCAUUGGCAGAUCCUCCCCGGAGACCCAUGUGACCCUGCCUCCAAGCCCGGUAUAGUUGUGACCGAGACACGCAAACGUAAGGGUCUCAAGGAGGGUAUCCCAGCCUUGGACAACUACCUGGACAAAUUGUAAAAGCUUGGGACCUCACGUGGCUUUUGCCUCAUUCCUCCCCUUCCCAACAAAUUAUGUCUACAUUGUGGGACCGGACUGUACAGAACAGUGAGCACUAAGGUUUGCCAAAAGGAUUGACGUUAAUGAAUAAACACCUACAAAAAUUGUAAACAAUAAAUAAAGGAAAAUAAAAAAUUGAA